UUGAAAAUGGCAGAGGGAAACAACAAAGAGGAGGCCAUUCUCUUGAACAAUGUUCACUGCCACAUGAGAGAGAAAGGGAUGACUGACAAAGAUUUUACCAUAACCAUAUCGGGCUCUGAUGAGGAAGGUACUCCAGUGCUACUUAUCCCUGCUUUUGAGCAACAUGAAGAUGACUACGUGGAUAAUGAUGUCAUACUGACAGAAAAGUAUAAACCUCAGACAUACCAAGGCAGUGUCUACAAAUCAGCUGCCCCGUGGCAAGAUCUGAACAGAUUAGGAAAAGAAAGUCCCAGAAAGACUAGAGGAGACUGUGAAACAGAUACCCACAACUGUUUCUACUAUUGUAACAAAUCAUUGCUUGGUUCUGGAGCACAGGCUGAUUCUGAGGAUGAAUAUAAUGGAUUUCUGAAUGUUGAUUGUGGCAAAAAUGUAGCCAAAACUGCACCAAGCAUUAAGCAGACAGCAAACAACACAGUCAACCACAAAUUGGAGCAGAAAGACGUUAGAGUGGGAGAAAACGGCCUGCUUUUCCCAGAAAGUGAGUCUCACAAAUCUCAGAACUUAUUAUCUGAAGAUUCAGAGACAGAUUUGUCAAAUCCUGAAGAGACAACUACUUCAGUAGAUGACCAGGUCAUUGAGGGAGAAUACUGGCUUGAUCACCCAUCCUUCCAAGAUCUGAGUCCCCAGUCUCAGAAAAGAACAAACCAGGUUGUUCCCAAAGAGACUCAUUAUGAAGCAGAAAUGGACACAAUUGUCUUCUGGCAAGAUUUCUCAGAGCCUGCUUUUCCAUAUCCAGAACCCCAGCAGGAGGGGAUCCAUGUUACUUCUUCUCCUCAGCUGGACUUUCCUCUGGAAGAACUAGAAAAUCAGCACUUAAUACUUGAUGAAGACCCUGGACUGGCUUUCUUAUCAGGAACUCAGGAGGCCAAUUUGAAAAGCAUGUGGGGACAAGAAGCUGCUAAAAUAGAUCCAGAACUUGUUACAUUAUUAGUGAUAGAAACAGAAGCAAGAUUUCCAGAUGUAGCAAAUGGAUAUGUUAAAGAGAUCAUUCAUUUGAAGCAUUACUAUGAUUUGAAUGUACUUUGUAAUUUUCUUCUGGAAAACCCAGAUUAUCCAAAGAGAGAAGACCAAGUUAUUUUGUACCCCAGGAGCGGCCUGCUUGCUACUCCGGGUGAUGCGAUGUUGCCCAAAGUAGACUUUGUUGACUAUUCCAAACUGACUCCACCUGACCAGGGAUGCAUCCUUCAAGCUGCUGACCACUUGAUGGCUGAAUUCAAGAUGCUCAGCAGUCAAGACAUCAAGUGGGCCCUGCAGGAGCUCAAAGGACACUAUGAAAUCACGAGAAAGGCCUUCUCUGAUGCUAUGGAAAAAUGGCAGGAGGAAUCAUCUGAAACCUGUGGAAACCAGAAAAAGAAGAAAGAAAUGAAUCAGUCUUCUUUCAUAGAUUUCAAAUUUGAACAGGGCAGUAUAAAAAUAGAAAAGAGGAUGUACUUUUUGGAUAACAAGUGUCGACAGUGUAGAUCCUAUGACCAGAAAGACCUCCUGCCAGCUAUGCAGCAAGAACAGGAAUUCUAUGAGCAGAAAACCAAAGACAAGGCAGAGCAUGAAGACUUUUUUCUUCCUCUGCAGAUGAAUGCAAAACCAUAUGAAAAGGAUGGACAGCUGAUUGAGUGUCGUUGCUGCUAUGGGGACUUUCCUUUUGAGGAGCUGACACAGUGCUCCGAUGCUCACUUGUCCUGCGAAGAAUGUCUCAUCAGAGAUGCCAAAGAAGCAGUAUUUGGGUCUGGACAGUCAGAACUUAGCUGCAUAAAAGGUAGCUGCACAUCUUCCUUCCCAAUCGGUGAACUGGAGAAGGUGCUCCCCCAGACCAUCCUGUGCAAAUACUAUGAACGGAGAGCUGAAGAAAAAGUCACUUCAGCCUAUGCUGAUGAGCUCAUCAGGUGCCCCUCUUGUAGCUUCCCUGCUCUGUUGGACAGAGAAGUGAAGAGGUUUAGGUGCCCUAAUGUUCACUGCCUGAAGGAGAGUCAUGGUCUCUGGAAAGAACAUACCAGUCUCACCUGUGAAGUGCUGGCCGAAAAAUAUGACGUCCUGUACCGGACAUCUAUUGAAGAAAAUAUGACUGCUGCUUGCAUUAGAAAAUGCCCCCAGUGUGGCACCAGCCUCAUCAAAUCUGAAGGCUGCAACCACAUGUCUUACCGCUGUGGUGCCCAUAUGUGCUACCUCUGUCAAGUUUCUAUCAAUGACUAUGACCAUCUCCUCCAGCAUGCCCUCUCUCCAGGAGCCUCUUGCCAGGAAUGUUCCAGGUGCUCCCUCUGGACUGACCCCACUGAACAUGAUGAAAUGCUGAUUGAGAAAAUUCAAAAAGGGGCUGAAGAGGAACAGAAAAUUAAGAAGGGAGAAAGCACAUUCAAACGAAUUGGUUCACCACUGGAGAAGCCAGCUGAGAAUGUACAGCACCUGGGAGCCCUGCCAUGGCCUGUCCCACAGGAACUGCACCGACAGAUGCCACCAUAUGCCAUUAUGCAUAGAGAUUUCCCCCAACCACCUGUAUGCCCCAUGUUUAACAACAUCCCCAUCAACUUAUGUGCUGUGCCAGUAGCCUACGUACCACCUUUGCCAAACUUGUGUGUCAACUAUGCCUUAGGAAACAUGCAUGUGCCGCUGGAUGGUGGUGAUCAUGAUGAAGAUGACGGUGAUGAUGAUGGUGAUGAUGAUGGUGAUGAUGAUGUGGAGAAUGCUAGAAGUAAUGAUGGAUAUAGUGAUGAUUGUAAUGAUUAUGUUGGAGGUGUUGGUGAUGAUGUUAGUGAUGACAGUGAUGAUGAAGGUAGUAAUUAUGGUUAUUUUCAAGGAUGUGAUGAUUAUGAUGGCGAUGAUGAUGGUGGUGGUUAUGGCUAUAGUAGACACGGUGUUUAUAAUUUUUUUGAUGAUGUGGGUGGUGAUAACGACGGUGUUGAUGAUGAUGAUUGGGAUUAUGAUUAUUGGGGUGAUGAUUAUUCGGAUGAUGAUUAUGAUUGUGUUGGUGAUAUUUAUUGGGAUGAUAGUGAUAGUGAUUCUUAUGAUGGAGAUGAUAAUGAUGAUGAUGAUAUGUUGGAGGAAAUGAUGAUGAUGACGAUGAUAAUGAAGUUGAUGAUGAUGGUCGUGGUGCUUUGAGGUGAUAAGAAGAUGGUGAUAACUAUGAUGGAGAUCGUGGUGAUGAUGCUGGCAACAGAGGAGAUCGGCUCUGCAUCACCCAAACUGUGCUACUCGUCUGACUGGCAGUGCCUUGUAUAUAUGGACACAUGGAAAUAUGCAUGACAAGAUCCUCCAAGGACCUAACUGUUGGGGUAUUUUCUUCCCUGCCCCUUCCUGGAGAUGCCAAAGUUGGGUGGUAACUAAAAGCAGUACCUUUCCAAACCUCAUGAACCUCUGAACUGGACAACCUGUACUGGGUUUGCCCAGUAUGUAUAUGACAAACUACAGCAAGAGGCCAGAUGAGCCUGGCAGUUAAUGUGGCUGCUGAAAGAACAGGAGCUGCAAAGAACAUGGCCCCCAUGGGAGGUAAAGUAAGGAUCUUGUCCUUGGAAAUACAGUCUGUCUGUGGCUGAAAAGGAAGGCUCCUCUUGUCUGUGCCACCAAGGAGGUUUGUCAUAGUGGCGCUCCCAGAACCUGUGUGACAGUAGUACUUGAGGGGCAAUGGAUGGAUCAGCAGGCAUCCCUGAGGCAGCUACCACCUAAGAUGUGAAGUCCAGGCUUCUGACUGUUCUGAGAAACUGACUAACGACUCCCUGUGUAUUUGUCUUAAGUCUGGAUACAAUUUAUUAUUUGUACAUAGCAAAAUAUUUCAAAGUUAAAAUAGCAUGAUCUUAUUUUGUACAAAGGAAAAAAUGAAGUAGGUUGUUACGUUUUUCUUUUUACUUUUGUUAGUAAAAAUAUAGAUGCCAAGCCUGUUUAAACUACUCUAUAAAAAGACUGUAUUACAUGUAACUUGAAUUUCAUAUAAAAGUUUGUGAAUACUAAAUAAAAGAUUAUUUAG